UUAUUAUGAAAUUGAACUAUUAUCAUACGAUUGGAAUGAGGAAGUGGGCUUGUAAUGCACUGUUUUGAUCUAGCCCUUCGCUGUUUAACCUGCUAACUUAGAGGUUUAAAAUGGGGCUUUUUGGAAAGACACAAGAGAAACCACCGAAAGACCUUAUCAAUGAAUGGUCCCUGAAAAUCAGGAAAGAAAUGAGGGUUAUUGACAGACAAAUCCGAGAUAUUCAAAGGGAAGAAGAGAAGGUGAAGAGAUCCAUCAAAGAUGCCGCUAAGAAGGGACAGAAGGAUGUCUGCAUCAUUCUCGCCAAAGAGAUGAUUCAAUCAAAGAAAGCUAUCAACAAGCUGUACGCCUCAAAAGCCCAAAUGAACUCUGUGCUUCUCAGUAUGAAGAAUCAAUUGUCUGUACUAAGAGUGGUUGGGGCCAUGCAGAAAAGCACAGAGGUCAUGAAAGCCAUGCAAAGCCUGGUUAAAAUCCCAGAGAUUCAAGCCACCAUGAGAGAACUCUCAAAAGAGAUGAUGAAGGCCGGUAUCAUCGAGGAGAUGCUGGAGGAUACAAUGGAGGGUAUGGACGAUGAGGAGGAGAUGGAGGAAGCAGCAGAGGCAGAGGUGGACAAGAUCCUCUUUGAAAUCACAGCCGGUGCUCUUGGAAAAGCUCCCAGCAAAGUCACAGAUGCCCUGCCUGAAAUGGAGCCACCUGGGGCCAUGGCAGCCUCAGAAGAUGAAGAAGAAGAAGAAGAUAUUGAGGAGAUGCAGUCCAGGCUAGCAGCACUGAGAAGCUAAAAGUCCUUUAUUCUUCACCCUCAAGCUCUGUAGGCAUAGACAACAGCCCCAUCGCUUAUUUCUUCUGUGGUUUUUUUUUGUACGAAUUGUACCUAUAAAGACAUCUGGCACUUUGGCACAUUCAUUUUAGGGCUAAAAACUGCACAAAAAAAUGAAUUAAUGUAUAUUGAGGAGGAUAUUGAAUAGAAAAGCUGACUCUUUAUUUGAUAGAAUGGAUAAAAACAACAUAUGUUAUGAAUAGUAAUGUUAAAUACACAAAUGUGGUAGCAUCUGGAUGCAUAUUUCAGCUCAUUGACUUUUUAAGGCCAUUUUGUUUACAGAUAUUUAAAUUCCACCGGUUUAAAAUCUAUGCCUAUAGCUGAACAGCUUGUCCAAGGAUCUGUUGUGCAGUGGUGUGUUAUAUUGGUGUUGGUCCAGGUCGUUUUGUUUCUCUUGUCAAAUGUGGAUUUUUUUUUUUUCUCAGGCCUCUUACUUAAGUGAAUAGUUGUUUCCUAUAUCUGGUAAAUUGGUUUUACUAAGUAGCACAAAUUCAUGGAUGCCAUUACUUGUAAAUCUUGUACAAAUACUGAAUAUAAAAAUAUUGAUAACGGGU